AUGAGUUCCGCGCUGCAGCUGGGGAAGCUGGUGCGGCUGCUGGAGCGGGGGCCCCUCCCGAAGGGCCCCGAGGAAGGGGGCCCCCAGGGGGCCCCCGGGGGGGCCCCCCGGGGGGCCCCUAGGGGGGCCCCUGGGGGGACCCCCGAGGGGGGCCCCGAGGGGGCCCCCGAAGACGAAGACGCAGCGCUGCUGGCGCUGCUGCCGGGGGCCCCGAAGGCCCUGAGGGGCCUCCUGGGCCUGGAAGAAGAAGGAAUUGUGGGGACUUAUUUGCUGCUGCUGUGGCAGCAGCACAAAAGAUUGGGAGUUUCGCUGCAGGAAGCAAUGGAGAGUUUUGUUGCUGGAGUGGAGAAGGAGCGGCAGCGUGCUGCAGGUCUGGCAGCAGCACUGGCGGUGCUGCGGGCGCGGGAGGCGCAGCAGCAAGCAGUAGCAGCAGCAGCAGCAGGGGACGGGGGCGCCGAGGAGGCGCAGCAGCAGCAAGCAGCAGCCGCCGCGAAGGCGGAGCUGCUGCUGCUGAAGCAGCAGCAUAAACGCGCGGGGAAGCAGCGAAGACGCAUGCAGCAAAUGAUGGAAAGGGGGGCCCAAAACCCUCAAAAACUUGUCCAGUUUAUUGAAGAAAUGUGGGGCCCCGUCGAUGCUGCUGCUGCACUUAGCCCCGCAAAAGGCAGCAGCUUCUUCGAGGCCCUGCUGCUGCUGGCCCGGGACCUGAGGGCCCUCGCGAGGGCCUCGGGGGCCCUCCGGCUGGUGCUGCAGCACUUGGCAGCAGAAGCGGGGGGGGCCUCGCUGCAGCAGCAGCAGCACGAGGCGCAGCAGCAGGCCCAGCUAGCAGCAGUUCUCGACCCCGAGGGGGCCCCCCUUGCUGCUCUUUCGUACCCUUCUCUUUCGAAGCUUGCGCUGCUUCGGCCCGAGGCCCUCAGAGCCGCAGACGAGGACUACAUGGCCGAGCUGCGUGAGGGAUUCAACCAGCAGCAGCAGCAGCAGCAGCAGCAGCAGCAGCAGGCGCCGGUCGCGGGGGGGCUGCGACGACCCCGCAGCAGCAGCAGCAGCAGCAGCAGCAGUCCUAUUAGGGCCCACGGGCUGCUGCCCCCCACAGCCGUUUUCUCGGGCGCGCUGGGCCCCACACUUUCUCUGAGGGGCCCUCUGGAGCCCGCAGGCCUGGGGGAACAGGAGGGGGGCCCCCUGGGGGCCCCCGGAGGGUACUAUUGGCAGCUGCCUGUAAACCAAACUUUGCUGCCUUUUGCCAGGCUUCAGCAGGGGCCCCUGGGGCCCCUCCCCCACCCCUUAAUGGACCCAGAAAACCUCCUCAGUCCCCUAGAGGGGGGCCCCCUUGG